AUCGAAGGCAAAAUGUAACUAACCGUGAUCACUGCAGGACGGUGGUGUGUCCAUCUUCACGUGCGCACAUGGCCACUAGGUGCCAUCAACCGAAAAACUAUCAAAACUAAAGCACUUCAAACGUAAAGAAAUGCCCCUGCGGCACCUCAAUAAUAAAUAGUAAAUCCAAGCAGUGGGCAGCAGUCAGUCGGUUGUCGAUCCUCACUUCAAACGGCCAGCCCUGUCUCUUUGUGAUAAGCCUCGGCGGUGUAAACGUGCGUCGUUCCGUAAUCGAGUGAUCAAAGGUUGGAAAAUGUGCGCCGAAGAUAGUUAUCUGUUUGCGAUCCCAAGUGUGGAAAAGGCUCCGGAAAAGUACGAUGAUCGUGUGGCCGAGUUGAGCGGAUUCUAUCAGAAUAUUGCUUCGGAGCAGCUGCGUGAGGAUGAUGCCAUGCGCAAACAGGGUCUGGAGCAAUUGCGCGACUGGAUCGCAAAGCACCCUCACAUCAAGAAGUGCCGUACGGACGCUCCCUUCCUGUUGCGAUUCCUUCGUGGCAAGAAGUACUCUAUCAAUACGGCCACGGAAACCUUGGAGCGGUACCUGGUGGCUCGCAUGAUGUACCCGCAGUGGUUCACCAAGCUGGACAUCGAAGAACCACAGCUUGCAGCCCUGGUUGACACGGGGUAUCUGUUCCCACUUCCGGAACGAGAUGCCCAAGGCCGUGCCUUGAUCUUCAACGAUACCGCCCAGCUGGAUCCAACGAAGUUCACCGCUGCGGACGUGAUGCGUAUCCACAUGUUGGUCAACGAAUCCUUCUUCGAUACCAACGAAGUGCAGUGCGCCGGGCUGGUGCUGGUUUACGAUCUCUCCGGAAUGACCAUGUCGCAGCUGAGCUUGAUCACGCUGAGCGAAAUCCGUGUGCUAGCCUCGUUCCUCAACAAAGCUUUCCCGUUGAGAAUUCAGGAGUUCCACUUCGUCAAUACUCCAGCAGCAACGCUUACGAUUGCGAAUUUUGCUCUUGCUCUGCUUAGUGAAAAGUUGCGGGAACGUGUUUUCUGCCACAAAAACUGGGACGAGUGCUACACCAAGCUGGACAAGAACCUGCUGCCGCAGGAAUUCGGCGGUAAGACUCCCCGGGCGGAAAUGCUCGACGGCUUCAAGAAGCGCUGCCAGAGGAUGCGUGGCCGCAUGCAGCUGGUCGACGAGAUGGAAAUCGAAGUCAGCAAGGACUCCAAGUACUGGCAGGAAAAUUCGGAUGCCGAGCUGGAAAGUGGUGCGGUCGGAACUUUCCGUCAACUGACGGUGGAUUAGAUAGAGGACAGGGAGGCGGAGCUGAACGUGAGGGGGUGUUGUUUUUGUUACUGUAUGUGUGCUUUUGAUUGUGUGCAUCACGAACUAAGGUACAAACUGAUUGACCUCUAACUGUUUUGACGGUGUUUUAGUGCAAAUGAAAAGCUGUAAUUUAGUUGAAUAAAACAUGA